UCAUUUUUUAGGGAAAGUGUCACCGGUAGGCAUUAGCUGGCUGGUGUUUGUGUUUAACCCGUUUUACCUCUGGGCUAGUCACUUGUCCGUUUUACCUCUGGGCUAGUCACUGUCUGUUUUCCGAUCUCGACUGUCCAUGACUCUGAAUGUGGAACCGCCUUUCUUUCUCUCUCUCUCUCUCUCUCUCUCUCUCUCUCUCUCUCUCUCUCUCUCUCUCUCUCUCUCUCUCUCUCUCUCUCUCUCUCUCUCCUCAAUAAGGCCACUGCAGCCAGCUAUAUCUGAUCUAAUUAAUUUUUCAGCACUGUUAGCUGCUUCCUCGAAACCGCUCAUGUCGUCAGUGAAUUCCCAUUGACUUUGACCGCGCCGGUCGCUGUCCGCGGUUCUGAAGUCUGUCCUUCACUAUCAGCUCGGGGAUCCUCUUUAUCAAAAUUAACAAUUAUAUAUAUAUAUUUUUAAAAAAUCCAUUAAUACUUAUUACUUUAAUAUCAUCUGAAAAUAAACUGCAUCACUAUUUUUUUCAAGCUUCUGCUUGAAGAUUUUUUUUUUGGGGGGGAUUUCUGGAAAAUCAAUUAAAGUCUGCAGCUGGAAAAUGCUUCCAAACGGUAUCGAUUUUUAAAUGAUACACGGACAACGUAGCUGAAAAGCAGCAUUGAUUUGUUUUGUAAGUUUAUGUCUACAAGGGACGUCUGGACUUUUUUUGUGUUUGUUUUAUUAUUAUUGUUUUUCAAUUCCAAAGUUUGAAAAAAAAAAGUUUUUUUUUCCCUUGGAGAAGAAAGAUUGAGGAAUAUUCCAUCUAGUGCUUUCAGAUUUGGAGUGGCUUGAAUUACCCGUUUAUUUGUUUUAUACCCACGCGUAGAUCCUGCGUUGAAAUUGUCUGCCGGCAGAGACUCCAAAUGCUAGUCUAAAGAAAGUCCAGCAGUUUUUGGAAAUGGAGGCCUCUGCCAACGGUUCCAGUUUCGGGAUCGACUCUUUACUGUCCCACAGACCAGGAAGUCCCGUUUUAUCCAAAGGGGACAGUUUGAUGGCAGAAUGCAGAUCCCCGUUAGUUCCCAGCCCGGGCUCCGACCUGGGAAGCGGCUGCUCGUCUCCUCCUUCCCCGAGGCGGGAGUGCGUUGAAGCUGCCGUGCAAAGACAAGGUCACCCCCUCGGGUUGGACUCCCAUCCCCAACGCGGGCAGGUGUCGGGCGGCUCACAGCCCAGGACCGUCACCUCUUCGUUCCUCAUCAGAGACAUUUUAGCGGACUGCAAGCCGCUGGCAGCCUGCGCCCCGUAUUCCAGUAAUUGCCAACCGACUCAAGAUCCAGGGCGCCUGGCGUCUAAAAUCUCAGACGACUUUAUAGACAAAGCGGACAAAAUCCACAGCAAUUCCUCCUCAGAUACAGAGUAUAGAGUGAAAGAGGAAGGCGACCGGGAGAUAUGCAGCAGCCGGGACAGCCCCUCGGUCCGGCUCAAGAAGCCCCGCAAAGCGCGGACCGCGUUCACAGACCACCAGCUGGCUCAGCUGGAGCGCAGCUUCGAGAGGCAGAAGUACCUGAGCGUGCAGGAUCGCAUGGAACUGGCGGCGUCUCUCAACCUCACAGACACGCAGGUCAAAACGUGGUACCAGAACAGGAGGACAAAAUGGAAGAGACAGACCGCAGUGGGACUCGAACUUUUAGCAGAAGCUGGGAAUUACUCGGCCUUGCAAAGGAUGUUUCCGUCGCCCUAUUUCUAUCCGCAGAGCCUGGUGUCAAACCUAGACCCCGGGGCAGCCCUGUACCUGUACCGGGGCCCGUCCGCUCCUCCCCCGGCUCUGCAGCGGCCCCUCGUCCCAAGAAUCCUGCUCCACGGCCUGCAAGGAGGAAGCGAACCUCCCCAGUCUCUCCCCUCGCUUGCUGGAGUCCUCUCCCGGGCCGCGCAGCCGCGGUGAGCUGCCCUGAAAGACACUGUCAACACACGGCUGCUCCGAACUUUAUUUAUGGGGAAAAAAGAGAAGCAUUUUAACUGUUUUUUUCAGAAACUGUGGUUACAUUACAAAACUUUUAAACCACACAGAACUCUAAAAAAAAUAAAAAAAAUAAUAAUAAUAUUUUGAACUAAUACUCCCGCACAUUUUUUUUUUGUUUGUUUUU